AUGGCCCACAUUUCAUCAUUCCUGGUUCUCACCUGUAUCAAUCAACAGGGGAACAAUUUACGUAUGAGCGAUCUAACGACUUCAACUGACUGGCUAGACGUCGCACCACCUUCAUCCGAGGAUGACGACUUAUCACUCUCAUUCCCAGAUCCACUCGACAAAUCUCACUUUGAGAGCGCUUUAGAAAGCCAUUCAAACGCCUCACAAGCAACUGAUGAUUGCAUGUCUGAUGCUGAUUCUACUGCAAGCACAAAUCGCAGCAAUCACAGUGACUCUAACCCAAAACACGAAUCUCUCAAAACGUCUUACAAAUCCACGCCCGUAGAAUCUAAACAGUCUCCAGAAUCACUCAGCUCUUCCUCUCGUACUGUUACAGACUGCUCAGGUACUCUCACAGCCAAAGUCAUCGUACUCACUCAAUCCAACGAUCUGCAACAGUUUUCGGACGUCAUGAAGAAGGCUUUCAUUAAAUGCUUAUUUGAUACAAGACCUGGAUUCGUCACUGAGGGCGAUUCGACUAACCAUAUUGUCAAUGCGAAUAACCCUGACUGCUGCUUUCCUGUUAGCGAGCAAGAGUGGCGUCUUGAAAGCAACUACUUCCAUCUGCAUUAUCAAUACAUCAACAUUAGUGGCUCAUUUGCUCAAGAUGAAAUUUUCAAAAUUUUACUUGAAAAUUUGCCUACCAUCAUCGUUAUUCCCGCCAAUGAAGGUAUUGAUGUCUUUGCUGAUGUUUUAAAAUUGCGAUCAAAGCUUCAAAUUGUUAUUUUCGACUCAACUGCCGUGGACUCUGGCGUCGACGAGAACAAAAUUACGCUUAAAGAGUUGACUGACCACACAGCUUCACAAAAGAUGAAGAGAAUCUAUGAAGGUAUUGAAAAUCGGGGUGCUUUUGCUGACACUUCUACUGCCAGAGCCGUAGAACCUGUCUCAAGGGAGAAGGGUGAGGAUGCUGUCAAAGUGAAACCAAAGGUUUCAGCAAUUGCAAAUUCUCUUGAUUAUCUUUUUUGGUCAUUUAAAUACAUCUUAGGAUUAGUGCUCACGUCAAUGUUGGCUUUCAACACCUAUAGGUUAGCUUCUGAGGGCAACUACGAUUUGAAUUGGCUGUCUGGAGCGAAUCAGCCUACUGCUAUCAAGCCUGCGAUCAGCUCCGCACCUUGCUCCUAUAAGCCGUCACUCAGCCUUAGACCAAAGCCCUCCGUCAAUAAUUACAAGACGAUAGACCAGGCCAAGACUACAACAGAAGUUUCUGUCUUUAAUCAGGUGUUUGAUGUUGUCGCUCGCAUACCCUCUAUGACUCUGGUCAAAGAUCAACUGAGAAGUACAGAUGCUUCAGAGAAAGACUCGUUCAAUAAUGAAGACUGGAUGAAGAUGACUGGAAAUGUUCUGAAUAACGCGUACUUCAUGUCGCUGUAUUAUGUUGGCGAUCACAUACGUCAAGUUGUUGCGAUAGCUGAAACGAUACUGGAACUCACAUGGAUAGUAGCUGAAAUUGGCUACGAGAAUGUACAAGAGCUUUACGAAAACCUAAUGAGAUAUGCGCCGUCAUUCAUUCAAAAACAGAGUCAAGAUAUCGGUGAACAAUUCAUGCAAACAUUUCAGCAAAUUAGUAGCGUUAGCCGCGGAAUAAUGAUGCGCGCAUCAAGAAAUGCAAAUAGACUGUUAAGAGGGUCAAAGCGAGACCACAGUUCUUUAAACAAGCGAGCUCGUCAGACGUCUGAGCAAUGGGAGAGCACAAUCAGUGGUGGAUACUCACAUUUCAAUGACAAGACAUACAGGCAGAUGAAGAGGGCUAAGAAUAAUUAUAAACGAACCUUUAGCAAGUUUGUUUGA